UAAUAAACUUAAAUGGACAUUGCCUUUUUUCCAGGCAGGCACAUAAAGUGAAUGCAUGCGUUUGGGAUGGUUUAAUGUCAGUGGAGGACGAUGCAUAAAAUAUAACACGGAAUAUGCGAGUGGUAUUAAUAACAUAUAUAGCAUUUGCAAUUAAAACUUCAAUAAUGCACUUCAACAUAAAUUCAAAAAUAACAACCUUUUAUGUGUUAAUCCCAUUUGACAGGUAUAUAUAGUUUACCAAGGGAUCUCUUUAUCAACACAUGUAAAUACUUCUAUUGCCAUGUGAAAGACACUAACAGCGUUACAAGAAAACAGUAAUGUGCUUCAUUAGUACGUGCGUGGAUUUAGGACUUUGCUGGAAGAAGAGAUAAAGAAAGACAAGGAUGCUGUGAGGGAUGAUGAACCUUGGGGUUGUGGACGCGAGGGGAAACUCCCAAUGCGACGGGAAAAAUUGCGGAAUAAAGCAAGUACAAGAAAGGACUAUCCAAUCACGGUUUAAAGGAGGGGGAACACAGAUACGGAGAAAGAGUGAAUAAAAAAAAAAAAUAAAAAAAAAAUAAGGAAUUUGAAUGAGAAUAAAAUAAAACUUAAUUCCAUUUGUAAUUCAUGGAAAUCUUGGUGGUCACUCAUCAAACCAAUGAAACUAAAGGCAGUGGAAAGAGAGAGGAAACAAGAAUCAAAAUACAAGAUGACCGUGAAAUGAAACCAAACCAACAAGACCAGAAAGACAAGAUAAAGUGUGAAAACAAGCGAAAGACCGAACAGCCCGAAAACCGAACCAGGCCAAAGAGAUAAACGGAGCGAGAGACGACCGGAGGUCAUUUAGAAAAUAUUUAUAUAUAUUUUUUGCAUAGUAGUGACGCUAUUCAGAAACUGUCGCGCGAGUGAGUGGUAGAAUGAGAGAAACAUUCGAGAGGAAAAGCAGAAGAAAAAAAAUAAAGUAAAACUAGAUGAGAGAAAAAAUGAUCGGGGAUUAAGAGAUUGUCCAGAGACUAAUCUCCUUCCGAUCUGAUAAUUGAAUACCCAGGGAAGUACAUAAACAGGUGCUAUUAAAAAAAAAAACGAAGAAAAAGCUAUUGAAAAAAACUAUUAUUUAUAUAUAUCACUAGGUUUAAAAGACAAACAAACAUUAAAAACAGCAACAGCCUUAACGUGACUGCACCUCGAAAGCCCAGGAUGAAAAGGGCGGGGAAAGCCAUGAUGCUGUGAUCUUGUUCUUGAGAUGAAAAAUACACCCGAUUUCACGCAACUUUCGCAGACGUCGGGUUGGGUCACUUUCUCGAAGGCCGCCUGAUCAUGACAGAUUCAUGCGAGAAAGGCCGCGGGACAAACUUGUGUUUUGUGUUCGAAUCGUCGGGGAACAAACGGUGAUAAUGCGAGGAUAAAACCCAAUCCUGUGGAAAGGCGUCUGGUGUGUGAGAAAACCCUGAUCUUUCCCUUUGAAGAGGCGGAUAAUAACACAGCGGCUAUUUUUUUUUUUCUUUCUUUCUCUUCCUCUUGAGACAAUUUUCGUGUAGGAAGAUGAUCACUAGAAAAUCUUUCAUCCAUAAACAUACGCCUCUUGUUGAUGUUCGUUCGUAGAGGAGAGGAUUCGAGAAAGUUCCUCGGAGGAGAAGAAAAGUCACGUUUGGAUCUUGAUUCGACCCGCGCUUCGCUACAAUGGCGGUCCCGAUGACGCUACACGAAGACCAUCAAGUGUUGGGGGAGGAUUACUGCUCCGGCUACAUCGACACCUUCGGCAAGUGGAGCAAUGGCUUCCCCUGCCCGAGCCUGGAGACGGAGGAACCCGUGUACUGCUGCGGAACGAGCAACUUCAAGUACUGCUGCACCAAGAGGGACAUGCAAAACAUCACCAGGGAUAUUCCACAGCUGCCGCUGAUCCUUGGCGUGGUGUUCGGAGUGGCGGUGGCGGUGAUCGUCAUCGUCGUCGUGUCCUGCUUUCACUGCUCCUGCUGCCUGCUCUACAAGAAGCGACAGCCCACCAAUGGAGGACCACUCUACCAGAUGCACUGCUCCUCCACAGCCUCGGGUGUGGCCAAUAUGUACAGCUUCUCCGGCACCACCACGCCCUCUGAGACGCCCCGUUCCCUCUCCAGAGCUUCUUCAAGAUCACACGGGACGGUCGAGUCGGCGGGCUCUGUGUCGAGUAACCACUUCGACCACAGGAACCUGCUCGACGGCGAGGAGCCCCGGCCGCCCGUGCAGACGUUCGCCGUCGACCGGCGCGUGCUCGGACCCCGGCCAGUGUCCCUCAACAUGAGCGACCGAUCGAGCAGCAUCUCCGAGGGCGGCCCCACCGACCCGCCGCCGCCCUACUCGGCCCCGCACUCCACCCUCGUCGCAGUCCGGACGUCCUCCGCCUACGCCCUCGCCGCUACGCCCCGGCCGCCCUCGCCCACCUACGGACACCACAAUCCGUACGUGAUCAGCGGCGGCGACAGCGGCUACAGCUCGGGGUCAGUCGACAGGCCUCUCGCUACAUUCCCACAGACGUUCUUGUCUCCAGCUUCGCCCGCCCGCCCUCCGCCCCUGAGAAUCACGUCCGCGAUGCCCCAGACCUUCGCCCCCGCCCUCACGCCCACCACCCGCCCCUGCAGCACCGCCCAUAUCAUCCACACACACCACCCGGGCCCCGACGAGAACCUCUACACUGCCACGAAGUUUUAAUGGCGCACUGCUCCUGCGGCUGACACCUCCUGUUGCUCUACUUCCUCUGCGUGAUGCGCACACACACACACACACACACACACACACACACACACACACACACACACACACACACACACACACACACACACACACACACACACACACACACACACAAACACACACACACACACACACCAACGCAGAGGAAAGGGAGCGCUCCUAGGACGGUGGGUUUGAGUCCGAAGAACAAAAGAGGCGAGACAUGUAGAAGAGAUAAGGAAGAGAGAUAAAAAAGGUUAAGCGACGAGAACUGUUCGGGGGCAGCAUGGUUGGGGGAGACCAUGGAGCCCCGGGAACUUCAAGGAAGAAGGAAGAAAGGAAGAGGAGGAGGGGAGAAGAAACAGUGGGGAGAAAAAGUACAUCACGUCCAGUUAUCGAAGACCGAAGACUUCUUCACAUGGGAAGGAAGAAGAAAAAGUUGAGAGAAAAAAAUGGAAAAAAUGGAAAAAAUGCCUAAGUUUCUGAGCGUCUCCGAAUCCUUCCGGUGACGAGAGAUAAAACUUUUUAAAUUGCUCAGAAUGCCAAGGCCAUAACGGGCAGCCAUGUUGACGGCGACCAGCCCCUUAACCCCUUGAGCGAAGGGGUCCGUCCAGGUGGCUGGCGAGGAGGAGGGGAGGGAGGGGCAGGGGAGGGGCAUCCCUCGCCACCCCGCUCUCAACUUCUCUUGUUCGACUUUGAGGAGACUUUUUUGCUCUCACUGAUGGUGCAUACUGUUUAUAACAAGGCUGAUUCAGAAGCCGUGUGUUUUUAUGUGUGUGUAUAUAUAGAAGACGACAAAAAUGUAUUCUGAAGUGAUGAUUUCCCGAUUGUGUUGGCGACUCUAUAGCAGAAACUAAGAGGUCCAACCUUGCACGGGUCGUCUGAACACAAUCUCCUUUAUGCUGUGUGUGAGAUGCGAACACUGGGUGAAAGAAAGGAGUUUCCGUGAACGUUAUUUUGAAGAUCUUUUAUUUUGUAUUUCACACUUUUUACCCGCAAACCCUACACCCUGGUACAUGUACUUAGGUCCAAAGUGUAAACUCUUCUCUCUCUCUCCGUGAUAACUUCGAUCGCUUUGCCUAGCUCUGUGUAGUGUGCUUGUACACGUACAAGAGCGGUGUUGAACAAGUGUGCGAGCUGGGAAGGGGAGACGGGAGCUGGGAGAGGGGAGGGAGGGGAAAGUGGAGAGUGGAGUGGAGAAGAGAGAGGAGAGAGUGGAGAGAAGUGAAGAGAGGAGAGAGGAGAGAGAGUGAGAUCCCAAGCACAACAAGCACCGCAACUUUCAAUUCAUGCGUCGAGGGAGUUUCGCCCAAACUCGGCAGAACUGUUCUUCCGAGCUCUGAGAACUUAUCAUUCAGGUAUUAUAAACUUUCCGAGGCUGUUCUCUCCAGGAGGGCUCUCGCAGCUGUUACACGUGACUGAUACUUAUUAAUUAACUGAAAAAAGAAAACAGCAAAUGCAAAAACUGUAUUUAUUUUUGGUAAAGGGGAAAAAGAACUUGGCAGUGAUGAAUAGAAAAAAGAAAAAAAGAAUCAGAAAAUAUAGAUAA